CAUGAGGCCGGGAUCUCGCCGUGCGGCUCUGUGCCUCCUGCUCGUCCUCCUCCUCGCCUGGCACCGCGAGCGCGCGGCGGCCCUGACGCUGUCGACGUCGUCGCGGUGGAUCGUGGACCAGGCGGGGCAUCGGGUGAAGCUUGCCUGCGUGAACUGGCCGUCGCACCUGGAGCCCGUGGUGACCGAGGGGCUCGGGAGGCAACCCGUGGGCGCGAUCGCCGGGAUGGUCGUGUCCCUGGGGUUCAACUGCGUCCGGCUCACGUACCCCAUCGCGCUGGCGACCAACGCAUCGCUGUCGUCGCUCACCGUGCGGCAGUCCCUCCUGGCGCACGGCCUCGCCGAGACGGCCGGCGGCGUCGAGGUCAACAAUCCCGGCUUCCUCGACCUCACGCUCAUGGAGUCGCUCAAGGCUGUGGUGAACACCCUGGGGGAGAAGGACGUGAUGGUGAUCCUGGACAACCACGUGAGCAAGCCGGGGUGGUGCUGCGGCGACGACGACGGCAACGGGUUCUUCGGCGACAGAGACUUCGACCCCGACGUCUGGGUCGACGGGCUGGCCAGCAUGGCCACCAUCUUCGCCGACGUGCCCAGCGUCAUCGGCAUGAGCCUGCGGAACGAGCUCCGUGGCCCGAGGCAGAACACCGAGGACUGGUACACGUACAUGCAGAGGGGCGCGGAGGCGGUGCACGCGGCGAACCCCCGGGCGCUGGUGAUCAUGGGCGGCCUGAGCUACGACUACGACCUGUCCUUCCUGGCGGCGAGGCCGGUGGGCGUGAGCUUCGCGGCGGAGGGCAAGCUGGUGUUCGAGGUGCACUGGUACAGCUUCUCGGACGCGCGCGCGUGGGAGGCCGGGAACGCCAACGAGGUCUGCGCCCGCGCCGCGCGCGACUUCGAGCGCCGCGGCGGGUUCCUCCUCGCCCGGGGCCUCCCGCUCUUCCUCAGCGAGUUCGGCGCCGACCUCCGCGGCGGCGACCUCAGGGGCAACCGCUACUUCCCGUGCGCCGCCGCCGUGGCCGCCAAGCACGACCUCGACUGGGCCUACUGGGCGCUGCAGGGCAGCUACGCGCUGCGGCAGGGCGUCGCCGGGAUGGACGAGGUGUACGGCGUCCUCGACUGGUCCUGGACCAAGCCACGCAACGAGACCGUGCUCUCCAGGAUCCAGGCGCUGCAGCGGCCAAUCCAAGGGCCUGGGUACGGCGAGGCGCUGCCGUACACCGUGCUGUUCCACCCGCUCACGGGGCUCUGCGCCGCCGCCUCCGCGGCGGCGGGGACGCUGGAGCUGCGCCCGUGCAACGAGACGGACGCGUGGGCGUACGCGCCGCCGUCGUCGACGCUGGUCCGGAGGGACGCCGCGGCCGCCGGGGGGCUCCUCCCGUGCCUGCGGGCCGAGGGUCGCGGCCUGCCCGCGCGGCUCGGCACCAAGGCCUGCGGCGACGCGCUGUCGACGUGGCGCAUCGCGUCGGACUCGGGGAUGCACGUCGCCGUCGACGCCGCGCCGGAGCUGGGAGGCGGCACGCUGUGCCUGGACGUGGGCGCGGACGGCAGGAGCAUCGUGACAAACCCGUGCGCGUGCCUGCGCGGGGACGGGACGUGCGACCCGGAGCGCCAGUGGUUCAAGCUGGUCACGAGCACGAGGCGCGUCGCGCGCACGCCGCUGCCCACGCUCGCCUGAAUGUGAAUGGGACCCGACGGCUAGCUAGCUACCGUAGGUGCAUAGGUCGGGUCUGAUUUGGCUAUUUCGUUUUCGGUAACGCUAAGACUCUGACGUUCGAAAUCUUAAAAACAAUCGGGCGUC